AUGUUUAAAAUCAUAAGUUCCAGUAAUUUGACUGCGAAAGAAAAGAAGUAUGAACAACAGGUUGAAAAAGUAUUAGCUACAUUUGGGUCGCUUGAAGAAUGGGCCGACUACAUUGCAUUCCUAUCCAAACUUCAAAAAGCGAUCCAGCUCAAUUUGAAAUUAAAGGAAGGGAGUGGUAACAAUUUUUUUGUGCCAGCGGCAGGUGAGGUGGCCUAUUAUUUGUCAUUGUGCUUGUCCUCAGACCUCCCCAAUGGAGUCCAUCAGAAGGCCUUGAAUAUCUACGAGCUAGUGUUUCAAAACUUUUCAAAGAGCCGAUUAAAUAGCGAGCUAAGCAUUUGGUUACCGGGGCUUUUACCGUUGUUUUCGUAUUCAUCAAUUCUGAUAAAACCGCUACAAAUCAGUAUAUUUAAAAACCUCGUUAUUCCAAAAUUGACCAAGGAGAAGUUGCAAGUAUUCACCAAACCAUUGAUACUUUGUCUAUUGGCUGGCUUGGACGACGAAAACUCGGAAAUUUUCGAUGAUACUAUGAACUUGUUGUAUUUGUACAAAGAGACUUUAAGUGAUGAUUCUCAUUUUUGGCAUUGCAUGUUUCUUUGCAUAAUGACGUGCCCGGAGAGAAGAAUUGGUGCUUUGAAAUGGUGCGAGAGAUACCUACCGGAAUUUGCAAAUGCCAAAGACACAGAGGGAAAGCCAUUACUCUCAGAAGAAGCGCAGUUAUGCUUGAUACCAGAGGCUGGCCUAUUAGUACGGGCGUUUGCAUCUUCGAUUGAGUUAUCAGCGCUGUCGGAUAUAGUUGCCAUAAGAGGGUUUUUUGACCUAUUGUUAUCUCGUAUUCCACUUGACAGCGCUAUAUUUGAUUCCAAGGUUUCACGUAAGGAUAAGGAAUUUUUGAUAAUGGCAUGUUGCAGAUUGACCAUGAGAAAGGAUAUGAGCUUGAAUCGCAGGGUUUGGAAUUAUUUUCUUGGGCCCGAGGUCGACGGAGAAAACAGGGCAACGUGUAGAAGGAAUUAUUUUAGGAACCACGUGUUGAGCUUGUUGAGUAAAGGAUUGUUGAAGUUGGCACACUCGACAUCAAUACGGGAAACUAUAGAUGCUCUCAAGAUGUCCGUUUAUUUGAUUAUGGACAGGUGGGAAAUAAACUACGAACUAACACCGUUAUUAUUUUCUACAUUUUUAAAAACUUUGUUUGAAUAUAAAGACAACGAAGAGUUGAAUCACAGUGCCCUAAAAUUCUUUGAAGAAACAAAGGAAUUUUAUAUGUGGAAAGAGGUAAAUGAGCUUGUUGUACGUGGAGAAGAGACUGAUUUCAAGUUCUUGGACUUUAUUCUUCGAUGUUUUGAUAUACAUGAGGAAGAACUGCUCACUAUCCAUGCUCCAUAUGCAGCGGCGUGCUUGCUAUCGAAACCACAAAUGAGUUUGAAAAAACUUGAGGUGACUGAGUCCAUAUUAAAUUUGAUCCCUUCAGCGGUUUUCACAAAUGCAGACGAAAUAUCGGAAUCCCAGUCUCAUUUUUCGAGUGAGGAUUUAAGGCAGUCAACAAGGAAUUGGUACGAGACACUUCUUGAUGACGCUGAUGCAUCUGCCCCCUAUAGUCAAGAAGAAUUGGGCGCAUACAUAAUUGAGCGUUUAGAGGGAUUGUAUAUGGAAAAUAUAACUCAUUUGUCCCACGGAACAAAAUUGAUCGACUUUCUAGCACUGAUCCUUAGUCUGCUUGCUCUGCCCAAGUUGAAGAAACGAGUAGCAGACUCCACAUUUGAUCUAUUAUUGUCAUCAUCACCAUCACCAUCAUCAUCACCAAACAUUCAAAUGGAUGAGAAGCAUAAAUUUGUAAUCUCAUCCUCAAUCAGUAAACUAUUGGAGAAUCAAUUUUCGAAAUUCAUGACUACUUAUCAGUUUGAAAAAUUUUUGAAGAUCACACUUAGUAGUCUAUGGUUCUCAAUUACCUCACCCAACCCUGCAGAUCAUCAAGUUGAAUCCGUGAAACAUCUAUUUGGUUUAAUACAAAGCUUUUCGCCAAGCAAGGUUGAAGCCGGUUUAUUAGACUUGUUUAAUACUUCUCCAUUACCGGUGAAGAUAGUUGCGUUUGAGACAAUUUGGUUGCAUACAUCGAACGAUGCAGAUUUUUUGCUUCAACGACAAUUGCAGACACUCUUUGACUCGGCAGACGAGGAAACUAAUAAGGAGGCGGUCAAUAAUCUUAUAAGGAGACUUUGUGGGAGUCAUGGCACUUCAAAGAGAUUUUUUAAGCUCUUGGUCAAUCCUGCUUUUGAGCAGGACUUUAUGAGAAUUUCUCGCAAAUCAAUAGUGAAAACUGACGACUUGUUGCGUUUUCUAUACUGUUUGCAAAAUAUCCACAAAUGUUUGAGCUUCAACACAAAAGUUAUGCGGGAACACAUUAGCAUCGACAUUGCUGAUUCGAGCGAGAACAAAAUGACUGUCAUCAAAGCUAAUGAGUGGGAUGUUUUGAGUUAUAAAAUAUUGCUAGUCACUGCAAUUGAUCAUUUUCUUUCGUUAGAGGUGAUAGAUGUGAGUGUUUAUGAGGAGAGUAAAAUAUGGAAACAAAAACAUGCUUAUUCCGAAUGUUUAUGCAUGUGUUUGGAAAUUUACUCAAAAUUGAUAAAUGGAAAUGAAAAAAAUUUCCCCAGCUUAUUUCACCGAUUGUUAUCUAAUGCUUUCACAUACUUGAGAGAGAAGGAUAAAUGCGAGAUAGAAUCGGUUAUGUCUAAGUUUCUUGAUUGCAUCCUUCAUUUUUUGAGCUGCGCAACUGUUUUGAGGAUUGAUUUAAAGUUACUACAUGUUGAGGAACAGGAUAAAGGACCAGUCUUGAUAAAUUUCUUACUUGAGGGCAUAAAGGAUUGUCGAUCUUCAAUUUUGCUUGAAAAAUGGAUGCAUUUGCUUAUGAAGUUGACCCAUAUUUUCGGUGAAUCAAUUUUCAGCGUUAUUCUCUUGAUUAAUGACGCAAUCAUUAGUAAAAUUAGUAAAUUGUUUGAACGAUUGCUAGCUUGGGAGGAAUUUGACGUUAAGGAUAACUUUGAGCACUCGAUGGUAUCUUUGUUUAAUGGCUUGGAGAAUUUGCUUACAAUCAGCCAUGGAUAUUUGUUGCAUUCUAGAGCGAAAAAUCAAGCUGAAAAGCCGACAAAUGGCUCUCUAGAUAGUGUAUUCUUCAAUAACGUGAUCCAAAGCGUUUUUCAAAUAGAGUCUCCUUUCACAAAAAGCAGCGAAGAAAAUAAGCUUUAUUCCAUGUUCAUUGCCCUUCAUGACGCGGUGAAAGUUACUUUUAAGAUCUGGAGCUGGGCUGAUUUCAAAAGCCAGGUACCAGACUUUGUUGAAAAUUAUUCAACCAGGUCACUAACUUAUGUAUCCUAUAAACUCAAGUACAGAACGAAGAAGAUCUUGGAUACUUUUUUUGAACUCGAAAAGCAAGAGGUAAUAUCUUCAUUGAUUGCUUCAAAAGGCAGUUUACUCAGCACCCUCAAGCUUUUAAACAUCUUGGAUAAUGGAAGAUCUCAAAUAACCUUACCGUUCUUGCUCAAUUUUUUGGUAUCUAGGUGCAAUUCUCAUUUAGUCCCAACCGAUAGUGGAACUUACAUUGACUCAGAUGUGAAUGUCGAGGAAGUAUCUGCGUUUUUGGUUGCGUUUUUUGAUUUGAUGGAUGUAGACACUGUGCUUGAUGUGUGGUCACAAACCCUUGCUUUUUUGGAGGGUGUGUUGACUGAUUUUUCAAGGUAUCGAGUCAUUGUACCAAACUUGUUAAGGAUUUGUAAAGUACUUGCUGUUAAGACAAACGGAGUACGCAGCGGUAGAGAAUUGAAAAACCGCAAGUCAUUAUCAGAUGCUUUCACUCGCCUACUUACUCAAUUAGUUUCUGAAGACACUAGUUUCAAAGAAAAAGAAAAAGAAAAAGAUAAAGAUAAAGCAACAGCUGCUGGCGACUCAUUAAAUAGCAGCGACCUAACGCGAGAGAAGAUAGUCAACAUUGUAUGUGAAGUGACACCUCAUCUCAACGAGAUCAUUCAAGAUUCAGACAAAACCUCCGUGACUAUCUCGUACAUCCAAAACAAUGCUCUUUUUGUUCCAGGAAGGCUGAAAAGAGUCUCAAAUUUGUUGUCUAAUUCCUUAGAUAUUGUGGAAACAAUUGGUAAACAUUACCCAAUUAGAUGUUGGAAAAAUAUGGUAUCGGACUUAUUUAAUGAUAAUGAUUUUUUCAAGUAUUCUUCGGUGGCGUCAGAAAAAUGGUUUAGUAUCAUAAACUUGUGGAUUGAAAAUGAUAAAGACAAGUUUGGUGACAAAGUUUCUAGACUAUCAUAUUUUUCAACAAACCCAGCAGGGACUUUAUUCAGCUGGAAUGAAGUUGCCGAAAUUGAAAACAAGGUUGAAAUACUAAAAAGAAUCACAUAUAUGAUACUAGUUCAACCGGUUGACUACUUUGUUAACAAUUUGAGUCUUUUGUUUGAAGUGUUAAAGACCCUUUUACAAGAAUCUAGUUGUCCAACUGCAAUUCGUAUUGAAAUUACAACUUUAUUAAGAGCAAUUGCACUUAAGAGCAACGAAAUGCAUCUCCUAUCUCACUGGUCGUUAAUUAACCACGAACUUUUAUCAAUCUUUGGCAUUGCGAAGAAGUCCACAAAAGAAAUAAGCGCCUUAAACCAAGAUUUGUCAAAGUUGAUUUUGUUUGCCUGUAAACUACUUGAUGAAUUGUUGAUUUUGAAACCAGACGAAUUCAACUUGAGCUCUUGGCUUUUUGUUAAGCUGUGUGGUUUUGAAAAAAAGGAUCAAACUCCCCUGAUAAUUGAUACAAUUUCACAAAAUGUAGAUUUUACAUUUUCCAAAGUAGACGCGUUCAGGUUAAUUAAUGGAACAGUACUGGAUAAAAAAUUGCGACCUUUAUUAGAAGGUAUUAAUAAGAUUGAACUGAUCGCUCAAUUGAGAUCUUUUUUUGAGUCGUUAAGUAUGAUUCACUACGAAAGAACUUACAGUUUGAUGCCGGUAGAUUAUAAUGCAUGUAUAGCGGAUGUAUUCAACGAUUUAUUAGUGUAG